UAAGAAUUCUAGCAGCUGAAUAAGUCCCCAUCCUCCAAGAUUUAAGGAGUAAUCUCCGCCUGGGAAACGUGCUCUCCAUUUGCAUCACCAUAUUUGGUGGUGAUUCUCAUCGUCACAGCAAGCCUCAGCUCCAUGCUGACUGUCUCAAGGCUCCAGCCAUCAGUGGUAGACGUUGAAUCACUUCAGAGAGCAAAUGCAGCUGUUGGGUGCGAUGGGAACUCCUUUAUCGUCAGGUAUUUGGUCAAUCUGGGCUUCAAACUGGAGAAUAUCAAGACAAUACAUUCAAUCAACGAAUACCCAGACGCUUUCGAAAAGAGGAGAUAUUUCAGCAGCCUUCUUUGUUGUCCCACACGCCAAAGUCUUCCUGGCUAAAUAUUGCAAGGGCUACACCAUGACAGGACCCACCUUCAAUCUAGGCGGCUUUUGCUUUGAGGUGUUUCCAAAGGGCUCUUCAUUGGUUUUAGACAUUUCGGAAGCAAUCCUCAGAGUUAGAGAAAGCGGAGAAGUCGAGCGAUUGGAGACAGAGUUGCUCUCCUCUUCCAACUGCUCUUCUCCCAUCAACUUGGUUGACGACCCAAGAUUAGGCCCUGAGCCUUUCUGGAGUCUAUUUUUGAUAUCAGGUGGUAUUUCAGUAGUAGCGUUAUUCAUCACCGUGGCUCGUCUACUAGGAAAGCAUUGUCAGGCUUCAAGCUCUCUGACAAUAACAUUAAUAAAAAUAAGAACUUUCAGAAGGGCAUCAUUGACACUCCUUACACCAACCUCCAGAGGAAAACUCCAUUUAGGUUACCAAUGCCCAUAGGGAGGCAGUGGGCAUUUACUUAGCGCAAACUUGAAUUAAACCUUGUAAUUUCCCUCACCAGUCAAUUCCCAUAUGCCAUUUACAGCAUUGAUAUUUGUAUAUAUCAAUCUCCUAAUGCCCUCGUACCUACGGAGUUGUACUAUAUUAGCCACAAAGAAGACAAACCU